CGAGCAGUCGCGUCUCGCGUCAGUUAGUGCUCGGCUGUUGUGAUGUGUGCAACGCACGAGUCUUUUCGCGCAAUAAAACGAAAAUUUAAACACGAUAAAAGCCAAUCACCGUGAAGUCUCUCCUCACGUGGGCAUUAUUAGAAAUCGAUUCUCACGCGCACAUGUUUCCGCGAGCCGUUGGAUCAGUCUAAGAAAUAUCCCCGUUCCAAUAAAGACAACAGAGACGUAUCGUGAAUCUCGCUGGCGGGCAAGAAGAACGUGCAGUGACAUACUCGGAAGAAAAGGAGAUGACACGCGGGGUCACACAAAAGAACGAAGCUGUGAUUUUUCCGCGCACGCGCGAGCAACGAUAGGGAAAGAGAACGACCUUAAAAACGACGAAUGACAGAGAGUUUUCUGAGUGAUCGGCAGUUGCUUAAAGUGCCGACAAUUUAGUCGAGCUUUGCAAUCUCCCUCGUUCGCUGAACACCGGUCGGGAGACAGCUCUCUUCUAUCUAUCUUGAUUAGACGAGCAAAAGAUUUAUCUCUUCUCCAACAUUGAACGAUAAAACAUAACAAAGAAGCAGUGACACGAUGUAGUGUGGUGAUUCGGCCGAGAAAGAAUUUUUUUACGCGAACUCGAAACGAACGCGAAAAUCGAGAAAAAAUUCUCCGGGUGAGAAAAACGCAAAGAUGAAGACAAUGGGUGACGUCGUUGCGGAUCCUAUCGAUGAGAACGAUGACACUGUGCAACCAGCCGGUGCGAGCAAGGAAUUCGGUCAGAGGACACUGAGAUCCUUAAAGAGAGGACUGGGUCGACUCUGGAGACGACACAGAGGCAACGUGUCGAUAACUGAGUAUGAUCCCUCUUACAAGGUCGCGUAUCUUGGGAAUGUGCUGACCGGAUGGGCCAAGGGUGAAGGCUGCGUCGAGAAGCCUGUAUCUACCUUGUGGCGGAACUAUAUGACCAGCAGCAGACCCGACGUCUGCAUGAGACUGACGAUAACCAACGGCGGUUUGACCGCGACCACGAAGGACCAUGGUCUCACCGAGUAUUGGGCCCACCGUGUGACUUAUUGCACGGCCCCAGUUUCGCAUCCGCGACUCUUUGUCUGGAUAUACAGGCACGAGGGUCGCAGAUUGAGGCCCGAAUUGAGGUGCCAUGCAGCUCUGUGCAACAAGGAAUCCACCGCGAGGAGACUUGCCUCUAUUCUGAAUACCAGGCUACAACAGGCACUCUUGGAAUUUCGUCGGGAUAAAGUUUCCAGGCAAAAUGCCAGGCUGUCUCUGGCGAGCGCGUUGUACGACAACCCGUCUUUGCCACGUAGGAAGCUUCUUCUGAGCACUGGUGGCCAGAACUAUCGGCCGCCUUUGGAAAGAUCGAAGAGCGCGCCAAAACUAUCAGCGAUCGAAGAGGAUGCGGUAGCCGAAGAGAUAGAACAGCAGAGACUGCUGGAGGAAUUGCGCUCCUUGGAGACCGUGACACGUAGUUGGGAAGAUCAGGAUAGUUGGAGGAUAGCCAGGUUAUUAGACGCUCUCAAUCGCGAGUCCUCUGAUGAGAACGGUAGCAUCUCCAGUGGAUGCGAAACCGCUAGUACGGCAACAAGCGAGGAGAGAGCCAUCGGUGCAGAGGAACACCUCGCAGGAAUUCAAAACGAUCAGCGAGGAUCAAUCAAGAGGGCUGUUUUCUCGGAGAAUCGAGGUAUUAAAGAACUAGGACCACGAAGGAAUUCGGAAGGCUCACCUCAUUUCAUGACAUGCGCAGGUAGUCCUCGUUUUAAUCCUGUAGAUCCUAUGAAGAGGUUUCCCCUAAGAAGCGAGGAAGAAGAAUCAAUGGAAGAAGAGGAAGAGGAGGACACUGCUUCGAAUAUGUUCGAUUUUGAAGAUAUUGAGGAUCUUGACGACGUAGUGGAUUAUCGGCCGAGGGGCGAGAUAUUGAACAGGAUCGAAGAACAACAAAAUAGAGAGAGGCGAGCAAAGGAGAUAUAUCCUAAAAUAUAUCCUAGGACAGGCCGUGAAUUUCUACAAAAUGAGGAGACUUCAUUUUUAACUCUGGAUUCUCUCGAUGAGGAAGCCGAUAGCGAUGAAAGCGGUUACGUGGAGGCUCCACCAAAGUCUUUAUUAGGUCACGACGAUAAAAAGGAAGAGGAAGAGAGCGAGCAUUCGCGAUUGGACUCGUUCAAGAAUCAAUCAGAAACUAUGACUGCACAUAGAAACAUAAAAACCGACGAAAACGAAAAUCAAAGGAUGAAACAUGAAGAUCCCAAAAUAGACAAACAAAAGGAAAUAGAAUCUAAUAAAGUAGAGAAGAAAGAUUCCUUAUUAGCGGUCGAUGAAAAUCAAAGAAUCAAGGAAAGAGAAAGAGAGAGAACGGAUUUCAAAUAUCCUAUUUCAGAAACUAUAAAAAAGUUAGCUAGCGCGUCACUGAGAUCCAAAUCCCUCGAAAUGACGAGCAACAAUUGCUUGAAUGUCCUACAUAAUUUUAAAACCUCCAAGUCAUUUGAUAGUGUGAGAAAUGAUGAAAUUACCAUGGAAUCUCCAAGUCUCCACCAAAGGAAGCAAUUGUUGGCACAACAUGGUGUUAUGGUUUGAAAAUUUUUUUUAUUUUAUAUAUAAAAUAUUGAAUGGAAAUUGAUGAAUGGACAUUUAUUCAGUAUCGAGUCUUUAUGAACAAUCAAAGAUACUUAUAAUUAUGUUUCACAAAAAUAUCAACAAUUUACAGAAGGGUAUUAAUUAAUUUUUGAUUCAAAAAGUGCCUGAUUAAUAUUCUUGACAGAUUUAUCAAAUUUUGAUAUUUAGUUUAUUGGAUCAAAAUGGGUUUAAUUAUAAAUAUUCAUCCUGGAAUCAUUUUCCUUACUACUCGUAGUACUUAUAGUACGUAAAUAUAGAUAUUAAUUCGGUGAUGGAUAUACAAACCCUGUUGUUAAGAAAUUUUACUUGAAUAAUGUCAAAGCAAAUGAUCAAAAUAUAUUUUAAAUGUGCUUUUACAUAGCUUCUGAAGAGCUAGUUUAAAUGCUUGAUUGUGAGUUAAAAAAAACCAUCAUCGAGUUAAAAAAACCUUCAGUACCGGAAUGUAGAUCCUAAACCCAGUAUUUUAAGGUGUAUGAUUUUUCUACUUAAUUGUCUAAGUCUGAGAAUUGUGACUUUACAGAAAAAUAUAAGUCAAAGUCAAAAUUAAUAGGCCAAUUAGUAAGCUAAUCAAAUUCGGUUAAUUAUAUUUAAAAGAUAGAACGAGCCAAAUUGGUAGUUGAGAAAUCUUUAAAAAUAUUAUUGAGCUUUUAUAAAUUACUUAUAAUAAUAUUAUUGUUUUAUUAUUUAAUAACAAAAUAGUGAUUAAGUUUUAUUUUAUUCUUUUUUAUCAUUAUAUGGCGUAGAAGGAAUUAUCUACUUCCGGUUCUGACAUUACUAUACAGGUUGACAAGGAAAAUAUACCGAUACUAUAUACGAGAUGGAUAUGAAAAAUGAGACUAUUGAAUCUUUAAUAAUCAUGCCUGUUGCAUGUAAUUGUGGUUUCGUGGUUAAAAAAUAAAUUAUUCUGUUUGAGAGAACAGAUUGCAAUGCAAACAAUUGAUAAUAUUAGAAUGAAAAGUUCGUGUAUAAAAUUGCAAGAGUAGUUACUUUCUUCAAGUAUAAUCAGAUCGAUCUAAUUUAAUAAUAUGAGUUUUUGUGUUGCUAUAUUAUAUUUCCACGAAUAAGAUUUGCGAUUAGAAAGCCUAUAUUAGAAGAUAAAUUACAAAGGUGCCCAUUAGAUCGUUCGAUUCGUUACCGAUAACGCAUCGCAUCCGAUUGAUUAUAUAAUCAUUUAUUGGUUGAUUGUUGCAUGUAGAAUGUUUCUUAUAAAUGAAUGAUCAACACUAAAUCGGCUAAGCCUUGAUUUUGUCGACUAUAAUAUCGUAAUUGAUGAAAACAAUUAAUGGAGAAUAAUUGACUGUGCUUGUACCUAUAAUUUUUUACAAAGUGGAGAGAAAUCGGUUCUUUGCUCGUAAUAGCAAGAGUGAAAAUGAUAGUUGUUUUAAUGUACUGUUAUUUCAUCCUUAUUGCGCUCGCAAAUUCGUUUCGAUGCAGUAUUUUUUAAAAGUAAUCGAAUGAUCUUCUCGAUUUUUUAAUAUAUCGGUCCCUUAAAAAAUGCAAUAUUAAAUUUAUUUUAACAACGCAUUGGACGUACCCACUAUUUAUACAAGUUCUGAUAAGAACUCGCAGUGAUUUGUUAGAUCGUAGAGAUAAAUAUGCUUUUUUUUAUGGAUUGUUACAUAUAUAUUAUGGUAGAAAUUAAACAGUUACAAAUUGAUUUUUGAUAAUAUCAAGUAUUAUAUUAGUGAUCUUUAUUCACAUAUAAUAUAGCGUGUGUUAUCGGUAAGUACUAAAAUAAAUAUUUUGAAUCGAUCAUGCCCGGAGGAUUUUGCGAAAUCCGAGAUUGUGCCAGAUACGGCCAAAGUCUUUAUUAUGACAACAAUCCUUGUAAAGGGAAAGAGAGAGAGAGAGAGAGAGAGAGAAAUAAUACCAAUAAAAUAAAGGAAACUCGAAGAAUCAAA